AUGGCAACUAUCAGCACAACUGCGACUAUUCAGUCGAAACCUCAGCAGGCCUGCCUGCAGUCGGGAACAGACGGUACGACAGCGGGCGAUACGACUCCCUGUACGCCCUGCAAGGAGGAUGUUGGCUGGCGAAAGAUAGUCAGAAACUUCACCCCAUCAUGGUUCGCGGUUACAAUGGGCACGGGCAUCGUGUCAAUCCUCCUCCAUAACCUGCCUUACAACGCAACUUGGAUUUCUCACGGCCUCGCUGUCGCGUUCUUUAUUCUCAACGUUGGUCUUUUCACGAUAUUUACGGGCAUUACCGUCUUGCGUUAUGCACUUUAUCCCGAAAUUUGGAAGGCGAUGGUUAUCCAUCCAGCCCAGUCAAUGUUCCUUGGCUGUUUUCCGAUGGGAUUUGCAACUAUCAUCAACAUGAUGAUAUUCGUCUGCGCUCCAGCCUGGGGCAAGUGGGUUGUUUCAUGGGCUUGGGGCUUCUGGUGGUUUGACGCUGCUCUAUCCCUGGCAACUUGCAUCACUGUACCGUUCGUCAUGAUCCAUCAACACCGUCCGGGGCUACAAGCAGUCACAGCAGCCAGUCUUUUGCCAAUCGUUCCGGUAGUAGUUGCGUCUUCAACGGGUGGUAUCGUAGCUGAGGCUUUGUCCAACCCAGAUCAUGCAUUUAUCACACUUAUCGCCUCUUACAUCCUAUGGGGGAUAGGGAUCUGCUUCUCCAGCAUGGUGUUGGCACUUUACUUCCAUCGCUUGACUAUUCAUAGUCUUCCUCCCAAAGAAGCCAUCGUCUCGGUGUUUCUGCCAAUCGGUCCAUUGGGCCAAGGCGGCUUUGGCAUCCAGCAACUGGGCAAAGUGUCCCUCAAACUCCUUCUCCAGUCAACAGCUUUUACCACUGCGGCGCCCGGUGCCGUACACGGCGGGGAAAUUCUCUACUUCCUGGGCAUUUUCCUCGCCUUGAUUAUGUGGGGCUUCGCGCUGGUCUGGUUAUCUUUUGCUCUCAUCAGCAUCGUGACGAUGCAAAAGUUCCCGUUCAACAUGGGCUGGUGGGGUUUCACGUUUCCGUUGGGUGUGAUGGCAACCUGUACCGGCAUGCUGGCGCAGGACUUGGAUAGCACGUUCUUCAGAGUCAUGACCAUGAUUUUCUCACUUUCCGUCUGUCUCCUAUGGCUGUUAGUAGCAGUCAGAACGCUGCACCAAGCCAUAUCUGGGGAGAUCUUCUUCGCUCCCUGCUUGAAAGACCUGAGAGACAAAAGGGCCCAGGCAGGAUCAGACCGGAGAGUAUGA